AUGUUAAUAGGAGCUGAUUGCUUCUUCGAAAUGUUACGCAGUGGGCAAUUAAGGUUGGGCCGUAAUUUAUCAAUGUUACAAGAAACAGUUUUAGGUUGGAUAGUGUCAGGAUGGUACAGUUCAUCGAAACAUGUUAUCAAUAAGUCAUAUCAUAUAACCAAGGUAGAUACUGAUAUCGAAUCAAUCAAUAAAAACUUAGAGUAUCUGUGGCUAUUACAAGACACAGCCAGUAUACGUAAGAAAUGGAACGAAGAAGAGCAAUUAUGUGAAGAAGCAUUUGUGAAAACUACUACCACUUUACCAGAUGGUAGAAUUGAGGUUCAAUUACCGUUUAAAGAAUCGCCUUUAUUACUCGGAGACUCGUACAAUGUAGCAUUAAAGCGUUUUCAUUCGUUGGAAAUACGUUUAUCCCACAAUUGUGAAUUAAAGUAUCAAUAUACAAACUUUAUGAAAGAGUAUGAGCAGUUAAAUCAUAUGACGGAAGUGCGAAACGUAUAA